GUGGGGCGACCGGGAGCCGGGACCCUUUGUGGCCCGCGAUGGGCCCUCGCCGCCGACGCCGCAAGCCAGAGACCCCGAAGAGGCGCAGCGCGAGUCCACCUCGCGGGACCCCGCGGCGGGAAGCCUCCUUAGGUUCUUCCUCUCAUAGUCGGAGGAGAAUUGGCUGGAUUAAGGAGAUCAAAAAUCUACAGAAGAGCACAGACCUCUUGAUAAGGAAGUACCCCUUCAGCCGCCUGGCAAGAAAAAUAUGUAUGAAAUUCUCACGUGGUGUGGACUUCAGUUGUCAAGCCCAGGCCCUGUUGGCCCUUCAAGAGGCAGCAGAAGCAUUUUUAGUUCACCUCUUUGAGGAUGCCUACCUCCUCUCCUUACAUGCUGGCUGA